UAUUUUUAUAUAUCUGUGGGUACUGCUUAUUAUUUCUUAUCACCUAUCGAUGUUAUCAGACAUAUAAAACAGAAUAAAUUUUAUUCUGUAAUCUGUGGUUGUAGACGUUGUAGUAUCUUGUUAUUAUAUUAUUAUUCUUUUUUGUUGCUAUUUAAUAUUUAUGGUACUUGUUCGACGAUUUCCAUAAUCCGUUAUUAUUGACAAUACUAAGAUCAUUGAAGAGAAAUUACCUAUAGUGAGGAGUAAGGACAACUUAUAAAUCCUUAGUUGUCACGUACAUUCAUUAAGAAUACCUGUGAUAAAAAGUAAGGCACUUACAGUUUUUUGUUCGUCAUCACUGUUUUAUAAUAUUGAAAUGAAUUAUGAAGUCGCAAUAUUAUUACUGUGCAAUUAUAUUUUUAUUUAAACUUAUACCUAACAGCAUAGCAUCUCAAAACGAUGAUGACCAUGAUUUAUCACUCUCUAAACAAAAGCAAAAAUUAAUUCAAACUACAAAUUUAAAUAAUUCAACACAUCUCAGGAUGAUACGCCAUGAAGAUGAUUUGGAACGUAUAGUCUCUGAACAUAAGGCUUGUUCAAGUAUGCCCUAUCCAAGUAUCAGUUGUCAUAUGAAUACAACAUGUGUGUAUGGAAAUCAAACAAUAGCUAUAUGCAAAGCUAAUGUGGAUUGUCUGGGUGAAAAUACUUUUGCUAAAAACUUGACCUGUCGGUUUUGUUAUCAGACUGAGUUUUGGGAAUAUGAAUGUGUAAAAAAAAUUUGUAAUUCUGCUGCUUCUCCGCCAGCUUAUUACAGGGCUAAUUGUACAGUGAACAGAGAUGUUUUGUGUUUGGGAAGAAGAACAUUUUUAAAAAGACUGCGCUGCAAUUGGACAGGUGGUCAUCGGUGGUCAACUGCUUUAAUUUUAAGCGUUACACUCGGAGGAUUUGGUAUAGAUAGGUUUUACUUGGGACAUUGGCAAGAAGGCAUUGGCAAAUUAUUCAGUUUUGGAGGUCUUGGUGUUUGGACACUUAUUGAUGUAUUAUUAAUAUCUAUCAGAUACUUAGGUCCAGCAGAUGGUUCUCUAUACUUGUAAAAAAAUGUCAAAACAUUGAUUUUAUUACAUUUACAAUAAAAUGUUAAAUAUUAGUUAUUUUAAAUU